UGCAAUCAAGAUUACGGGCAUUUAAAACAUUUUGUAACGACAUUUGGUUCCUUAAUUAUGGUUUAUCUAAUACAACUGGCCCCUACGAAUUUACCAAUGCAAAUGGUGACCUAACCUUCGGUAUGAGAUAUAUCGAUUUUAAAACAGUGUCAGAAGUACCCACUCCUAAUGCAAACUAUCAUGUGUGAUUAUUGUUCCUGGAGUAUUGUUACAAUUAAGUACAUUAUUGCAAUCUAUUAACUUGAUUGAUUUACCUUUGUAAGUAAAAGAGCGAUGAAUUUCAAAUGAAGGUAUGCAGUCUCAAUACGAUAUAAAAACCUGCAGAUUGCACAUCACUUUUCAGUUGUGAUCGUCAUUGCAAACAUGAAGACAUUGCUUCUUUUGCUGUCGAGCAUCAUGUUAUCAAUGGCUUCAGUGAUCCCACUGGGCUUCGUGCCACCUGCAGCUACGCUGGUUCAGGGGCCCUCAAGCCACGCAACUGUUGUCGGUCCCGAUGGAGGUGUUAUAGCUUCUUCCAACAUUGGAGGUAGCGUUGUUGCCCCUACAGUAGCUCGCUUAUAUACAUUACCAGCUCCAAUUCUUGGAUAUGGUCUCCCAAACAUUUUAUCUAGUCAUGGCAUAUGGAUUGGAUAAAGUUACGACAUGGAGGCCAGGAACCAGGUGACUACCAAAGAUGGCGCGGUACAUUGAGAAUGAUAUGGAUAUUAUGUGUUCAAUGGAAUAAUAAACUGCAUAGUGAUAAAAUGGAAAUUCGUUUCAAUUUGAGAUCAUUAUUUGAAACUUGC